CGCAGCUAACUUUCCUACUAUAACCUUCCGCUAAAAGGCGUAGUCCUUUAGAUCUCCUUUAUUUUGAAGAGUACACAUUAACUGUUGGCCAACGAUUUAACAUAUGCGGCGGUUACAUCAAUUUAAGUCGUUACAACUUAUAGUUGUUCUUUUCCGAUGAGCAAAUAGGUUGUCUCUAUAUAGGCGUUUGAAAUUGGACACCGCUGCUUUGAGGCCCUCUUUUUAUGCGGAAGGAUACGUUGUUGCUUCUGACAAUGUGGACGGAGGUGGUUAAGAUGUCUUCUAGAAGAAUGAAAUCAUCUCAAUUGUAACAACAAAAAGGAAGACGUGAGAUUAAUAACUAGAUAUUGUUUGGAUGCAAACUGGUUACAUUGUACUAAUGACGUGGACAGUGUAACGAAACAAGGUUCAGGAGGAAUAAGGAAGACCUACAGCGAUCCAAUGCGUUUCACGCGCUGAGGUUGAAAUUCUCUUGAAGUUUUAUGUUUUUUCCCCCUGCGAGAGACAGCCUUUCUUUUUACUGUUGGAUGCCAGACAUUUGAAGAUUAAAGGGUUGUUAGUGACUGAGGGGCAUGAACGAGCAGCAGCAGCAGAGAAUGACUGCAGUGGGAACACAAGACAAGGAACUCAACGACCUCCUGGAUUUCAGUGCGAUGUUUGCACCACCUGUGGCUAAUGGGAAGAACAGACCGACGACACUCGCUAGCAGUCAGUUUGGCGGAUCAGCUCUGGAUGAGCGCAAUGGCUCUGGAUCCUGGGGCCCAGGAGAACAAAACAGCCCCCCCUUCAACCAGGGAAGGGGCUACGGAGAUGGCUCCCACUACAAUGAGCACGAGGGCCUGUCAUCCCCCUUCCUCAGCUCAGGAAUCGGAGGUAAAAAUGAGAGGAUACCAUACUCUUCCUUUGGUGGCCAGCCCGGCUUCCUACCCAGUGACAUCGUCAUGCCCAGUCCAGAUGCCAUGUCCCCCUCUGGGCUAAAGUCUACCUCUCAGUUCUACCCCGGAUCGUACCCCAACAACCCCAGGAGGAGGCCUCCCGAUGGCCAGCUAGACACCCAACCCAAGAAGAUCCGCAAGCCCCCUGGCCUGCCGUCCUCGGUGUAUGCCUCUUCCUCUGGGGAUGAAUAUGCACGUGACAACGGAGGAUAUCCUGGCACCAAACCUGGCUCUGUCUACCCAGGCUCUUUCUACAUGCAAGGUAACUACUUGCAAGAGGGCCUCCACCCCUCCUCUGACCCCUGGGCCUCCUCAGGACCUCUGGGUCAGUCUGGCUACUCUGCCAUGCUGGGGAACUCUCCCCACAUUGGCCAGCCAGGCUCCUUCUCUGCCAUCAACCCACAGGACAGGAUGGUGAGGACAGCCCCUCAAUAUAAGCGUCAACCCCUACCUCUAUCCCCACAGAACUACCCUCUCCAUGGCAGUGAGGUGAACGGCAGCCUCCCACCCGGCUUCCACUCUGGCUCUGGGAGCUACAACCACACGCCCUCCAUUAACGGAGCAGACGGCAUCAUGGCCAACAGAGGCGCCACUGCAGGGAGCUCAGGGGAUGAGAUUGGGAAGGCUCUUGCAUCGAUCUACCCCUCGGACCACAACAGUAACAACUUCUCCUCCACACCCUCCACCCCAGUGGGCUCGCCCCAGGGAAUUGCAGGAGCUGCAUCUCAAUGGCCAAGACCUUCAGGGCAGUCUGCCCUGUCACCCAACUACGAAGGGCAACUGCACGCCCUGCAGAACAAAAUGGAGGACCGUCUGGAAGAGGCCAUCCACGUGCUGCGUAGCCACGCUGUCCAGGGCCCGCCCGGCUUGGGGGGAGGAGCCCACUCUGACAUGCACAGCCUGCUGAGCGCUGUGUCGUCUGCGCACAACGGUGGCCUGGGAGGCCUCUCUCAGGCCUUCUCCAAUGCUGGCCUGGCCCUCAGCAACAGACACCCUGCCAUGGGAGGAAACCAUCACGAGGAGCCCACAGGCCUUCCUCCCAGCAGUACCCUGCUGCACGGUCACCACGCCUCCGGACCCCCUCAGUCCACUGGACAAUCCGACGGCUUCACCAGUCUGCCAGGAAGCGUGGCCCGCUCCACACACUCGUCCAGUGGCUCGGACAUCAAGAGAGAGGACAAGGAGGACGAAGAGAACUCCUCCAUCGCUGACAAGUCUGAGGACGAGAAGAAGGAAACCAAACGCAUCAGAGCAAGAAAGGAGGCGUUGACCCUCCAGAUCCUCUCUGGCCUCUCAGGCCUGUCAGACCCGGGAGAUGAUCCAGAGGAUGAGGAUGACGAGGACCUUCCUCCUGAGGUAAAGGUAGAGCGUGAGAAAGAGCGGCGAGUGGCCAACAACGCCCGCGAGCGGCUGCGAGUGCGAGACAUCAACGAGGCUUUCAAGGAGCUGGGCCGCAUGUGCCAGCUGCACCUCAGCAACGACAAACCUCAGACCAAGCUGCUCAUCCUGCAUCAAGCCGUCAACGUCAUUCUCAACCUGGAGCAGCAAGUCCGAGAACGUAACCUGAACCCUAAAGCAGCGUGUCUGAAGCGACGGGAGGAGGAGAAGGUGUCUGGGGUGGUGGGUGACUCCCCCAUGCAGCUCUCGGGAGGCCACCCCGGCAUGGGGGGAGACGGCCAUAACCCAGUCAGUCAUAUGUAAUACCAGAUCUAAUGGAAUUCCCUUGGCUCUCGGAAGAUGUGGCCUUAAUCUCUUCUUCCACCCAUUCUUCUCAGUGUGUGUGUGUGUGUGUGUGUGUGUGUGUGUACACGUAUACUGAUGUUUUUGUGUAUUGUCAAAUUCAGUUUCAAGACGCACAUUCACAUACCCUUAUCCACACAUGCAUACUGCCAAAACUGACACAGCCAAUUUGCCGCACUCAUGACCAUGACUACCAGCGCAAAUGUGAACUUUAUUUAAUUUAAUUUUUUUUAUACAUACAUUUUUUGCUUCUAUAACAUGAUGGAACACCAGAGUAAUAGUGUCCUGCCACUAAUGGGACUCAACACACUGCCGAGAGGUGCUCUGUGAACGAUAGAAGCCUAACAAAUGACACAUUUAAUCAAGGAUUUGUGCCUAAUUGUUACAUGUUUUAUAUGAGACAUUUAAGCAAACUGCUUACAUUUGCGGAACAUUUUGGUUAGGGGUUGUUAUAUGUAUGAGCACAUUUUUUCAGGUUUAGUUUUGUCAUUCCCAACUUAAUGGUACAGUCUUACAUAUGUUAUGUAACCAAACCCAUGCAAUAGAGAGGGGACAUGACCUGCAUCGGGGUAGAGUUGCAGGCCCCACCGCAGCUCUGUGGGCCCGGCAUGAGAUGAGGGAGAAGGGAGAUGAACCUCCGCUGCCCAGUUGUCAUGUUCUCAGAGUUGUAGAAAAUUAUUCUCCAAGGCUGUUCUUUCCAUCCAUAAACAAAAGAAUGGUAUUUCAGACUCCAGUAUUGUUCCCCUCAGUGUAUGUUAUUCGGGAGAUGCCGGUUUAGCUGGCCAGGGGUAGAGGAGGACAAAGUGCAGUUUUACAGCACAAAAGAAGAGUAGGUUUCAUCCUGCAUCUCACCCAUAGGCUACUAUUGACUCCAUCAAAAACUACAGAAAAGCUUGUGGCGCUAACCAGCCACUCUGUCACAUUUUCUCAUGAGACUGGAGGCUUGGUUUGAUGGGCAACUUAUGGCCGUAUUGUGUAGUGCCACCCUCUUGAGUUUUUCAAAUCAAUUGACCCUGUACCAACACGCACCACCUAAGGACACCAAAAUAAAUGUGAUGCUUCACCCCCUGCAUUGUCAUUGUUAAAAGACUAACACUAGGUGCACAUUUGCAGAUGCAGGAUCAACCAUUGAUACCCAUAAUUAAAUACAAUCUUAAUACUUGUUAUAAGUUAAGUUGUCUAUUCUUAAAAUUGAAGCUUUGAGCAUUCCCAAUGAACUAUCAAGUCCUCACCCUUCUCCUGUGAAGUCCUGACUAUAUUAUUAAAGUGGCUACUUAAUGAGGCAAAAUCUCUUUUGUAAAUCCACCUCAUUCUUUCAAAAAUCCAAGGAUAUUAUUUCAAGUGGGGCAAAAUGAAAUAUAUAUAUAUAUAUAUAAAUAAAUAUAUAUUUUUUGUUAGUCUAUACAUUGUAGAUUUUUUAAAUAAAUGACAAUGUUAGUUUGAAGUUUAGAGUGUAUCGUAGUUGAGUAGAAUGAAGAGAUGAUAUUAAAUGUAUUUUCAAAAUGAACUCCAAUUGCACUGUCAACUUGCCAUUGGAGAGGAAAGUUGAAUAAAAACACAGGCUCAGAAUAUAAACAAAGACAGAUGGGGUCAGUUGUAGGCUGAAUUAUCAUUAUGUAUUUAGGGACUAUUAAGCUGUCAGUCUUUGGUGCAUACCUUUUUGAUGCGAUUGCUACAUUUGAUAAGGGUACAGUGGCCUAAGAUAUUGUUCCUGUGUUAAAAAAAACAAAAAACAUUUAAGGAAGUGUGUUUUGUCUGUUACCCAGAUGAAUUAUUUAUUUUCAAAUGGGAACGUGUGGAUGGAGUGGAUGUCUCUGACUGUCCUAUUGAAGUGUUCUUACUGAAUGGUAGUGUCACUUUACAAGUAAACAUCUACGGAGACGGGCUCUGGCUCGAACAGUAAUUAUGCAACUGGUUUUGAAUGUACCAUUCAAAUGUGGAUUGCCUUCAUUUUCAAGUAUGUAUCCAGGUUUUUUCAGUCGUUCAAUGUUAUGUUAUCUUCAUUUCAAACGUUCCAUUCUACUCUGCACUCAUUCAUGUGGUCAUCAAUGUGCAGCUAUGCUAGAGUGUCCUGACAUGUUAUUUUGGAGGCAGGAGUUUGUGUGUAAGAUACAGGAUGUUUUGAAAAUACAACAGUGUUAAUUCCUGUGAUAAGUUAUUAUCAUGGCCUCAGACAUGGUAUAGCAGCACCAUCUAACCACAGGGGCAGAAAUGUGCAUUGUUACCUGUUGGUCAUAGUAUUGAGAAGGAUUUAAGUUUACUUUGUAGAAAAAUAGGGGAAAAGAAAAAUACAGUUUUGAAUCAAUAGUGUGGCCUUUUCAUUCUCAAGACUAAAGAUGUCAUUAUUGGGGAGUGAUGCCUUAUCAGUGCCUGAACUUGUAUUUUCAUAACUAUAAAGACAGUUUUCUCUUUUUAACCAUAACAUUUCAUGUAUCGCCAGGAGUAGAGGUACAUAGGAUGCCCCCCCCCCCCCUUUAAUUUUCAGGAAAAAGUUGAGAAUGGGAGAAAAAAAAGGGCUUUUUUUCAAUGUAUCUAGUUAAAUAAACAUGAACGUUAUGUAUAUCGCUUAGUUACUUUUUAUAUUUUUUUACUGAUUUGACCAUUUGUCCAAACUACUGUUGAGUUGUGGCCGUGGGGUCAGGUUCCUGGUUUUGUUUGUUUCUGUUUGCCCCCCCCCCCCCCAUAUUGAAAAACCACUCAACACUACUGGGUUCUAAGAUGCUGGUUUCUGCCCUUGUGAUUUGCUUUUCGAAGCACCUCAAUGUCAAUAUAUGGCUUCUGCUUUGAUGUGGGGGGGCUGUGUUAUUUUGAGCCAUGAUAACUGGAGCUUCUUGUCAUAUUACAACUUUAAACAUUUUGUCUGUGUAAAAAAAAAAGAGCGCGCAGCAGUGAUGCUAUAUUUAGUCAUUUAUGACCAUUUCCUUUGCGUUGAGACUUCUCUUUUCUUAUUUCUGAUUGCCAGCUCAUUGACUUUGACAGUGACUUCUUGUAAGAGGUGUUUAUGUACCUCUUCAAAGAGUUGAUUUGAAGACUUGUUUCUCUACUAUUACAAGGUUAAAUGUGUACUAAAUAUACAAGAUUUGUUCUGAGGGGGAAAAAUGGACUGAUUUGUCAUUGCUUAUUUUGUGAACAUCCCAAAAUGACAAUUCACAACCUGUAUUCUGAGUUGUUGGAUAGGGGGGGAAAGGUGGAGGGUCUAUUUUCUGUGUCUCUUGACCUGAAUAUUGACACUGGCCCUGUUUUGAAUACUUAUAAGUGCAUCCACCCCUCCUUGCUCAAUGAUAUGACUGGAUAGUGUGAAGUGUAUUGUCAACCUGUUAAAAUGUGCUAUAUGAAUAACUUUUUUGAUUUCAUUGGUAUAUGACAGCAAACCUUUCUUUUCCUAACCACUUCUUUCAGAUCAAAUCAAAUGUAUUUAUAAAGCCCUUUUAUUUUUUAUUUUUUACAUCCGAUCAUAGAUCAAUUCAAGGAGGAGGGAAAUACUUUAUUUUAAUGUAUUCAAAUGGGGCUACUCACACUGCUACAGAGCCUGGCAUCUUACACUUGCAGUGAGGACACAAUCAAGAUUGAGCAGUGUCUUCAGAGUGCCUCCAGUCCCAGUCUCCUUUAUUAUUUUUUAUAUAUAUAUAAAGUAGUUAUUGAGAACUGUCCUGUAUAUAACAGUAAUGUAGCAAUAAAUGUGCCAUUUUUAAUAACAGAAUUAUACCUUUUUCAAUGUCUGGCUUUUGAAUCUUGUAUACAUAAAAAAAAGAAAAUAAAGGAAAACAUUGUAAUAAAGGGUU